AGCCUCCCACAGCAGCCACCGCUUCAACAAAACAGUCCCACCAAGUCCCCGGCUCCGUCCACCGCAUCCAACCGCCGGUCAUGGCCCAGGCUCCGGCGCGCACCGCCUCCGCUGUGCGGCUCUUCGACGCGCACUGCCACCUCCAGGACCCCCGCGUCGUGGCCGUCGCGCCCGCCCUCAUACGCGCCGCCGCCGCUUCCGGCGUCGCCCACUUCGCGGUCAACGGCACCUCGGAGAAGGACUGGCACCUGGUGAAGCAGAUGGCCGAGGAUCACCCAGCCGUCGUUCCCUGCUUCGGCCUGCACCCAUGGUGGGUCCCCGAGAGGUCGCCGGAUUGGAUGGAUUCGCUCCGGCGGUUCUUCGCUGAAACCCCAGAGGCGGCUGUUGGGGAGAUUGGUCUGGACAAAGGUUCACAUGGAAAAACCAUCGACUUCGGAGAACAGGUUGAAGUGUUCCAGCGACAACUUGAACUUGCUAAGGAAUUGGAGAGACCUGUUUCUGUUCAUUGUGUGCGGGCAUUUGGUGAUCUUCUGGAAAUACUGAAGCAAACUGGACCUUUUCCAGCAGGCGUGUUGGUACAUUCGUAUAUGGGAUCUGCAGAAAUGGUGCCUGGCCUUGCAAAUUUAGGUUGCUACUUUUCAUUGUCUGGCUUCUUGACAGGCAUGAAAUCCACUAAAGCAAAGCAAAUGCUGAAGUCAAUACCCUUGGAUAGAAUUCUUUUAGAGACGGAUGCACCUGAUGCAUUGCCAAAAUUGGAUGAUGUUUCUGUAUCAGCGGUCCCUGUGCCCAGUUCAGAUGCAGAUACUGAAAAUCAUAACAAAGAUUCAGAGUCACAGGCCACUACUGCAUCAAAUGAAUCCUUGAACCACCCAGAAAAUAUCCAUAUCGUUUUGAAGUAUGUGACAUCACUGCUUGAAAUGCCAGAGGCAGAACUGGCAGAGCUGAGUUACAAAAAUGCUACCAAGCUGUUUUCUUAUCCUGGCUCCAAAGUCCACCCUGAAGCUGAAGCCAUCUGAGGGGUUUUGCCACUAUUACUCACUGGUUUCAGAGGCAACAUCUGAAUUCUGAACGGAGGCACUUCAUAGCCUAACAAGCCACAAGAUAGCCUGUUAGACGAGUCGACUAGCAUCCCUACAGGCUACAGGGAUGGCAUGGCUCUGCUGGUUGCAAAACAGAGUGAGAGAAGGGAACAUAAGUUGGUCCCUUACUCCCUUUUAUAUAAGGCAUUGAUGGCUGUAUUCCUGCUCGCGCAGUUGCACUCAACGGGCUUUGACUGGCACGUACAGUUUGCUCGGCAAGAGGUGAGAACCCGUCUAGGUUGUAGCGUGUCAAACAAAUUCCUUUUUGCCAGGUCGUUUUGUACCAAGCAAACUCCUUUGGCAGCCUGAGAGUGGUCCUUACAAGCGUCGGUCAGUCAUUCACCUUUUACGGUUUUACCCCUGGCCGUUCA